CUCCAGUUGACGCCAAAAUAAUUUAAAAAAAUGUGUUAAAUGUCUUUUUUUUAAUCAAACCUAAGGUAGAAAAAGGUUGUUCCUCAUUCUGGGCAAAUCAUGCACUGCAUCGCAGAGAUUUUUUCCAACAAAAAGGAAGAUAAAUUCAACGUUGAAUUUUCUGUUCUAUCCCAAAAAAGGUUGAGGCUAAAACCGUUAAAGUCUGUUUUCUACUUGAAGAGUUCACCUAACAUUAAAUGGCCGAGUUAUUGAAACAGAAAACAGUGAGAGUGGGGGGCCUUUCGUGGGUCUUUUUUCUUUCCUUUUUUCUCUAGAGGACAUGGAGGGGGCUUCUGCCUUUAUGCGCAGAGAUGGGGAGAAUUGCUGCAGUCGAAAUUCCUUUUUGUGAGAGGGACAAUUUACAACUUGGUAAUAGACCUUUUUAUGUGCCUCCAUCGCCUGUCAUUGGAUGCCACUGGUCAUGUGUGAGAGGCAAACGUCUCCAUGGCUCUUUUCCUGAUUUCCCAGGCGAUUUUCCCCACUGCAUUCUGAGCCUAUGCUGUUCAAAACCGAUACGCCACGGACGGUUCUUAAAAAAAAAAAAAAAAAAAAGAGCCAGUGACUCGUUUCAUAAACGUCCGAUCAGCGCUUAUUGGCGGCAUAGAGAAGCAGCUCGAUCUCGUGGAUGACCAAGAGGAGCGUUUCAACUUUCUGCAGUGUCUGACCUCGUCAAACACACACAGCAGCAGCAGCAGCAGCAGAAGCAGCAUUGGCUCUGAAGAAGAAAAAACGAAUCCAAAAUGCACCGCAGAAGUAAACCUCGGAGAGUGAACAUGGAUUACCUCCCGGCUGCAGGUCGAGGUGAGAGCGGUGAUGAAUGCGUGAGAGAAAUCGAACCGAUCUUCGCAGAUUUCGGUCACAGACUGCAGAGACGGUGGGAAACACCAAUCACGUGAAUAAACAACACCCAUGCCAUUGGAUUGAGCUGCACUGGAUCAUUGGCUUUGAAUCUACAAAAUGCAGAAAGCAACAUACUACGAUAACUCUGGACUGUUUGGAAGCUACACCUACCCCAAACCAGACUCCUACAACUAUGGCCCCGCACACCAGUCUUACCCAACGUCUAACAUUGAGAGUGACUACCAGGGCCCAGUGUGUCCCAUCCAGACCCCUGCUGUCCGGCCACCGCCUCUCAAAGACAGUGACCUGAACGGAGACUGCAUGCGGCAAGGCGGCAGUCAGAGCAACGGCAGCAGCCAGGCCACGAGCAUUGUGGAGCAGCAGGCCCCUCCGCUGUCUGCGUCCUCGCCCAGCUCCAACAGCCCCGCAGCCCAGAAGAAGAAGUCUCCGUCCGGCAGCGGCUCCAACAGCGGCACGCCGGUCCUCACGAAGCAGAUCUUCCCCUGGAUGAAGGAGAGCCGGCAGAACGCAAAGCAGAAGGGCAACAGCUGCACCGCUGCAGGUGGCGAGGUGAGUGACGAGAAGAGCCCACCGGGACCUGCGUCCAAACGGGUCAGAACUGCUUAUACCAGCGCGCAACUUGUGGAGCUGGAGAAGGAGUUUCACUUUAACCGCUACCUGUGUCGCCCCCGGAGAGUGGAGAUGGCGAAUCUGUUGAAUCUCACCGAGCGCCAAAUAAAGAUCUGGUUUCAGAACAGGAGGAUGAAAUACAAAAAGGACCAGAAGUCUAAAGGGCUCGCUCACUCCCCCCUGGGACACUCCCCGGACAGGAGCCCGCCGCUGAGUGGCCCAAAUCACAUUGGAUACUCUGGCCAGCUCCAAAACGGCCUCAGCUAUGACGCGCCCUCGCCCCCAUCCUUCGCCAAGCCCCAGCAAAACAUGUACGGCCUGGCCGCGUACACGGCGCCCUUGGGCGGCUGCAUCCCGCAGCAGAAGAGGUACCCGGGCUCCGAGUACGAACACCACGGCAUGCAGAGCAACGGCGGCUUCGCCAACGCCAAUUUGCAAGGCAGCCCCGUUUACGUGGGUGGGAACUUUGUUGAUUCCAUGCCAGCCUCGGGCCCCAUGUUCAACCUCGGCCAUCUCCCCCACCCAUCAUCCACUAGUGUGGACUACAGCUGUGCCGCUCAGAUCCCGGGCAACCACCACCAUGGACCCUGUGAUCCCCAUCCCACGUACACAGACCUCACCUCUCACCAAGCGUCUCAGGGAAGGAUUCAGGAAGCGCCUAAACUCACGCAUUUGUAAUAUGUGGUUUAUGUGUGUGUGUGUGUGUGUGUGUGUGUGCGCGCGUGCGUGUGUGCGCGCGUGUGUGUGUGCGCGUGCGUGCGUGUGUGUUUGUUUGUGCGUGUGUGCCAAAAUUACGUUGCGCUCUUUUUAAUACCUCA